GGGUGUCAGAGGGGUUGCCAAAGACCAGUGUUUUCUGUUGGUCAUGGGGGUUCUGUGUGGGAAGUUUGGCCCAAUUCUAUCAUUGGUGGGGUUCAAGGGGCUCUGUGAUUGUAGGUGAACUAUAAAUCCCAGCAACUACAACUCCCAAAUGUCAAGGUCCAUUUUCCCUAAACUCCAUCAGUGCCCCAAUUUUGGGCAUAUUGCGUAUUUGUGCUAAGUUUGGUUCAGAUCCAUCAUUGUUUGAGUCCACAGUGCUCUCUGCAUGUAGGUGAACUACAACUCCAAAACUCAAGGUCAGUGCCCACCAAACCCUUCCUGUAUUUUCUGUUGGCCAUGGGAGUUCUGUGUGCUAUGUGUGGUUUGUUUCCAUCAUUGGUGGAGUUCAGAAUGCUCUUUGACCCCAGCAACUACAACUCCCAAAUGACAAAAUCGUUCCCCCCUCAAUCCCACUAGUAUUCAAAUUUAGGCAUGCCGGGUAUUUGUGCCAAAUUUGGUCCAGUGAAUGAAAAUACAUCCUGCAUAUCAGAUAUUUACAUUACGACUCAUAACAGUAGCAAAAUGACAGUUAUGAAGUAGCAACAAAAGUAAUUUUAUGGUUGGGGGUCACCACAACAUGAGGAACUGUAUUAAGAAGUUGCGGCAUUAAGAAGGUUGAGAAUCACUGCCAUAAGUGGUCCAUGUCACAUCAUUAAGGAUGUAUUUACUUACUUACUUAGGCGAUCCCUCGUAGCUUGAGGAUGAUAGUCCUCCAAGUGUAGUAACUUGGUGGUGGAUGUGUAGGUGGCUGUGACCUAUUCUUGACCUGCUUGUUCUUCCGCAGUGAGGACAUCGGUUUUUAGACGGAAGGUGGUCCCGGUCAGGGUUGGCUUGACAUGCCUUCCUCUUGGCACAUUUCUCCCUUAAGUCCUCCAUUUGUGCCUCUUCGAACUCCGCAGUACUACUGGUCACAGCUGACCUCCAGCUAGAGCGCUCAAGGGCCAGGGCUUCCCAGUUCUUGGUGUCUAUGCCACAGUUUUUAAGGUUGGCUUUGAGCCCAUCUUUAAACCUAUUUUCCUGUCCACCAACAUUAUGUUUCCCAUUCUUGAGUUGGGAGUAUAGUAACUGCUUUGGGAGAGGGUGAUCGGGCAUUCUGACAACGUGGCCAGUCCAGCGGAGCUGAUGGCAUAGGAGUAUCGCUUCAAUGCUGGUGGUCUUUAAGGAUGUAAAGCCUGUUAGCCAUUUCUAAGUGGACAUUUUGGAAAUCAUUUGCUUCUUGGCUUCAAGAGGUUGGCCCCAGCCCAGCGCUCAGGGGUGAAUGCAUGCAUCCACACCCCACAAUUCUUGGCUGACAUAACAAAGAGAUUCUUCAGACAUCUGAACACCAAGCAAAGGUCUAGAUUAUUCUUGAUUUAUUAUUCUUCGUCAUGACCCUUCCUGUUUCAUUAAUCUUGUCCAGGCAGGUUUUAAUCCUCCUUUAUAUUGCUGGUUUUCCAUUCCCUUCUUGCCUUCGCCCUCCCUAGUUUUUGGCACUGGUGGGUUAAGAAAUAUCUGGAAUCUUGAAAAGGAAACACAUUUCUUGUUUCUUGGAAAGUGCAAGGGAAGACAGAGGAGGCUGUCUGGUUUGUGUGCCAAAGAGCAGGGGAAUGACUGCAGAAAGAAAGUGUGUUCUGAAGUGGGUCUGCUUGGCUUGCCUCUUUCAGAAAGUUUCUCUCUUUCUCUGGCUGGAUGGGGAGCUCACUCACUCACUCACACACACACUCACUCACCGCCUGGCUCUGGCCCCGGAGUUCCUGCUCCUGUUUAAUAUUCUGCUUGCUCCACUGAUGUUGUGCUUGGCUCCUGCGGGACUGCAACUCACGGCUUGAAACCGGAGCCAAUUUUCUGUCUUAAUCUCAGUGUUUUGACUGGAGGCAGAUCCAGUUCAGCCCAAUCGGGGCUGGUGGAAACAACUACCUAAGAGUCUCGCUCUGGGGAGGGAAAGGAAAGGGGGAGAGCAGGAGAAAAAGAAAGAAAGAGAGCCAGGGAAGGAGAUAGACAGAGAGAGAGAGAAAGAGAAGCCGACCGAAUGAGAGACGCACAAUGUCGCCACUGAGGUCGCUGAAUGGGGAGAGACUGGAGUGAUCCUCUUGCAAUCUGGGAGCAUCGCUGGGAGCGUCUGUUUGGAUUUACAGCUUCCCUUUCUUUCCCGAGGCGGAGGAGAGCGAGGGUCUGAAUUAGGAGAAGUGUGUGCAGGGAGAGCAGAGGGACCCGGGAUUGAGAGAGAGAGAGAGAGAGAGCCAAGGAGGGAAGGCUCGCCUUUGACAGGGGAAAAGGCUCCCACCCUGAACCACCUUCACCUGGAAAUCGGAGGCGCCGCCGCCGCUGCCACCAUGACUCUGGUGCUGCCCCUGAGCAGCUUCUGCGAGCCCAUUGUCUCCUCCGAGGGAGCCGGCGAGUUCCAGCCGCUUUGGGAGCCGCGCUAUUGCACCAAGAGCAACAGCAGCAGCAGCCCUGCCUCCGAGGCGCCCGCCGCCUCCAGCAGCAGCAGCAGCCCCAGCAGCAGCAGCAGCAUCCCAAGCCCAAGCCCCAGCAGCAGCCAGGGCCAGGCGCAGCCCCAGCAGCCGCCAUCGGGCGGGCAAACCCCAGCAGCAGACUCACACCACAGAGGAAUUUCAAAUCCUCUAGCGUCAUCUAAGAUCACAUACUUUAAAAGAAAAUAUGUAGAAGAGGAAGAGUUUCAUCCACCGCUCAGCAGCUGUUCACCUAAAACAGUAUCUGUUUUUGAGGAGCGGGCUCAUAUCCUUUACAUGUCAUUGGAAAAGCUGAAGUACAUUGAUGACCCUGAGGUCUACCUAAGGAGAUCUGUCCUCAUAAAUAAUUUGAUGAAGAGGAUUCAUGGAGAAAUCAUCAUGCAAAACAAUUGGUGUUUCCCUGCUUGCUCUUUCGGGACAGCUUCAGCCCAAGAGUGGUUCGUGUCUCAUGACUGUCCAUAUAGGAAACGCCUUCGGAUGGCACGGGAGGAAUGUGAAAAGGUCCAUACCUGCUGUUUUUAUCAAGAAUGUGGCAGCAACUAUUUAAGUUUACCGCUAUCUACUAAUUCUGCACCAGGGAGCCCCUCUACUUCUUCCUCUGCUUCAUCCUCCUCCUCCUCCUCUUCCUCCAUAUCUUUGCCAGGUUGUUCCCAACAAGUGGAAUAUGGUGUCAGCAGUUCCCCUGUCUACAGGAAUGAUGAUCAGAUCAAUGCCAAUGAGAUUUUCAUUACUAAUGCCGGGCCACAUGGGCAUCGGGAUAAGACAGUGUCAGGCAGUGAGAAAGGAGUCCAUGAAAUGGAGCGAGACCAUGCUUCAGACUGGGAACCUAUGAAAAACGACCAUGGUAUUGAAUGUAAAAGUAAAUAUUAUGAAUAUUUUGAGACGGGGCAUGGUGACAAGAGCAACGUGAAUGAAUCAUGGAAGAAAUCCUUACGAAAAAGGGAAUACUUGCCAAGUGGCAAAAUAUGUUGCAGUAAAGGAAGCAAAAUUUGAACCAUCUUCCACGUAAUUGCCGUUCUGAAGAACACGCAGCAUGUUGAAUUUCUCAAACUAAAUGUCAUCCUGGAUGGAUCUGCUCAUACUUUUAUACAGCCAAUACAAUCAUGUCAUAAGCUUCAUGGAUAAUUUUAAUGACUGGGGAGCAGAUUGCAUCAAAGCGUAUGUACGGUCUGCAUCACAGAACUAUUUAUAAAUAUAUGGAAUUAAAGAGCACAGUUGAAUUGUGAUAUAUAAAUAUAUUUUAGCUUUCAUUGCUGAAAAAAACCAAUAAACCAGAUGGGGAAAAUAUAACCCCUCUGAAGUUUGCCCUAGGGAGUUUGACAUGAUUUAAAAAGAAUCUCCUCUAUUAAUGUAUGCUUAUCAAUUAUCUAUUUGGUAAGCAAAUUAUUACCAGCAAAGAGGAGGUAUACCUUCUGCCCAACAAUAACGGCUUUGGCAAAGACAGCAUAUAGUUGAAGAGGAAUAAACCCACACCAUGAUCUAUUAUUGACACCAUUCAAAGUGUCUGGUUUAACAAAUGGGUGUGGUAACAUCUUUUGUGAAAUCUUAAUCUGAAAUAAUAUGUACAAUACCAGCAUAUGUACAGUUUUCAUCUAAGCUGCAAGAGUGGAAGAGCCUUACGGUGGUCUGUUGCUAUAAAGGGCAGAAUUUCUUUGGUGCCUUACUUUUUAUCUUAAUUUUUCCAGGGAGAAAAUUAAGUUAAAAAACAAAACAAAACGAAAACAGCUACAGCAGGGAUGUAACCUAAACAGGAAAAAAUAACAGGGUGGAUCAAAUAUUAUUAGAAACCUGUAUCCUUUGAAAUAGAGAAUUUGAUUUCCAAUUCAAAUGCAUCUAUUCUUCUUGUUUGCUCAAUUGCUUUUUUUGGUUUGCAGUCCUUAGAAAGGGAUUGAAGAAGAAAAAAACAGAGUUCUCUUGUAAACAAGCAUUAGCUGCUUGAACAUUUCUAUGGCAACUGUCUGUUGCUGUGAUUUUUCCUUUUUGUUUCUGGUAUAAUGAAGUUCAUGAACCAGUGGCAUGCUUUAUACUUUACUCUGUUUCACAUCAUUUUCUCUCUUUAAAGUUGUAAAGAGCAUGUACUGGGGUUUCCUAUAAUGUUAGGGUUUUUUAUUCUGGAAAAAAGCACAAUGUGGUGAUAAGAUUUUUAUCUGAAAUGAAUGUAGGGGUUUUAAUCUUUUUUUAAAAGAUUAUCUUGGAGAAACAGGGAAAUAACUUUCAAUUGUUCAACACAAAUUUUGAUCAAUUUCAGAUGUUCUCAUGUUAAAAUGACAUUUGGGGCAAGAUCUAGUUAAUGUUCCACACUACUUAAUCCUACUGAUAACUGUAGAAGGAUAUCACAUAGUUAUGUUUGUUGCAUUGAAACCGAGAUUUUGGUCUGGCAGGCUGACUUAAUAAAUAAACAAUUUGGGAAACAAAUGUGGAAUUUGGAAAACUUUGGACCAUAGUUCCCCAAAUCCCACAGUCAAUGUCCCCGAUGACUGGUCAAUUCUGAGAAUUAGAGCCCUCAAAGGUAAUACCCCCAAACUUUGCUGAAUAUCACAAUAAGAAAGGAGCUUGGUGGCUCUAACAUGAAUUACGAACAAAGAGCUUAGUUUGAGCUGGAUCAUAUAUUUAAGGGGCUACAAAGAACUUCCUCCAUCUGAGCUCAACCUAUUUCAAUUACUUUCCCCAGAUAUCAACAGAAUGACUUGCAGUGUUCCUCUCCCUGUAAAUUAUUUUCAAAACUUGCUAAUUGUUAAUUGCUGUCAAGUUGAUUUAUGGUGAUCCUAUGAACGAAAGCCAUCCAAGUCACCUUAUUAUCACCCAUCUCAGAGCCAUGGCAGUAUUCCUCUGCUUUCUGUUUUACCACACGGUCCAGGAUAACCACAGGACUCUCCUCCAACAUUACAUUUCAAAUUAAUUGAUUCAAUUCUGUUGGCUUUCACAAUCAUACAUAGAAAUUGGAAAUACAGUGGCAUAGAUAACACUAAUUUUAGUGUUCAGAACGGGGCUGCGGUGGUACAAUGGCUUAAAUCCUUGUGCCAGCUGAACUGCUGACCUGAAGGUUGGCAGUUCAAAUCCACGAGAUGGGGUGAGCUCCCGUCUGUCACCCCUAGCUUCCCAUGCAGGGACAUGAGAGAAGCUUCUCAGCAGGAUGGUAACACAUGCAGGCUUCCCCUGGGCAACGUCUUUGAAGACGGUCAAUUUUCUCACACCAGAAGUGACUAGCAGUAUGUUCUCAUUUUGCUUCUGACACAAUCAAAAAAAAAUGUUCAGAACUUGCUUAUUUUCCUUGGAUUAUUUCUCUCUCCAUUUCAGUUAUCUUCCUCUCUUCUAACACAGGCUGUAAAAUCAAAUGCAGCUCCAAAAUGCAGCACCCUUGUUCCUUGGAGUCCCCUUUUGACACAGCUAUCCCCCCCCCCCAAAAAAUUGACACUUGCCAAGAGUUUUGUUGGCCUAGGCAUUUAGAGCCAUAGCUGAAUGGGUGACACUGGGAUUCUAAAAUGCUAGAGACCCGGAGAGACCCCCUCCCCCCAGCACCCCUCAAAUGCAAAAGAAGAUCAAUUUUUGUCCUGAAAUGCUCCCUGAUACCUUCUAGAGGCCAUGGGAGACACUUUUGACAUGUUUUAGGCCUUGUUUCGACAUGUAUUAGGAAACAAAAUAGGUUACUUCUGAUUUUGAAAAAAAAGUUCUUGCAUAGGUCUAAAAGCAUGCCAAAACAAGUCAUUUGAGCCUUUUAACAUACCUCUUUUGGGCUUUUAAAAAACAGAAACAGGCCAAGGUGGUCUGAUGUGGUCUAUACACUAAAUGUUCCCCAUCUCUGUUUUACAUGGACCACUUGCUUUGCAUGUAUAAGGUUAGGUUGAUAAUCUAACCUCACUUCUGAAAUGAUCAGGUAGCAAGUGAUGGAGAAGAGCUCUGUUGGACAGCUGCUGCAUAGACAAAACUAACCUAAAUAGGUUCAAGGAUUGUACCUAAUAAGGAGCCUCAGUGGCACAAUGGGUUAAACUGCUGAGCUGCUGAACUUGCUGACUAAAAGGUCGCCAGUUCGAAUCUGAGGAGUGGGGUGAGCUUACGCUGUUAGCCCCAGCUUCUGUGAACUGAGCAGUUCAAAAACAUGUAAAUGUGAGUAGAUCAAUAGGUACCACUCUAGCAUGAAGGUAAUGGUACUCCAUGCAGUCAUGCCGGCCAUAUGACCUUGGAGGUGUCAAUGGACAACUUCAGCUUAGAAAUGGAGAUGAGCGCCAACCCCCAGAGUCAAACACGACUAGAUUCAAUGUCAGGAGAAAACCUUUACCUUUACCUAUUUUACCCAAUAUAAUGCAGUUGGGUUGGUUAUUAUUUAUCAUGCAAACUAUUGAACCUAAACCUUAGAGGCAACAAAUGAUUUACAAAGUCUGAUGUAAUGAGAAGUGCCAUUUGCAUUGAUAUCCAUGGGCUGUUUAUCUUAUGCACAUUUAUCUAUGAGUAAGGAGUUAUUUCUGAGUGAACGUAUGUAGAAUUGUACUGCACAUUAAGAUAACAAACAAUCCUUUGACUUUAAAAAAAUAGUCUUAAACGUGCCAUAAAGCUCUUUGGCAUGAAUCCUAUUGGUAUUUGCUACUAAAGUGAAACUGCAAUGGACUGUAGAAUAGUGAGCAAAUACAUAUUGAUUAAACUGAUCUGUUCUAGUAGGAUUUAUCCAUCUCCACCUGUUUUCUAUGCAUGCCUUCCCUCCACUUUCAUAUCAUUUAUAGGCUGUGUUAAAGGAUCCUGAUACUCCUGGUUUUCUUGAUAUGGAUAAGGGCUGGCAUUAUUUACAGCAAGACAAGUCCAAUAAUGCCCAUCCAUCGUCAUACGUCAUCAAAUAUAUGUACACACAUGCAUCAUGUAUAUGUAUACAACAUGCAUCAGUCUUAACCAGAAUUUAUAAGUAGUGAGUUAGAAGAAACAGAUCCCUAAAAUGAAUUAACAAGGGCAUGAUGAAGUUUCAUUCUGACAGUUGUGGUGGCUGGUGGUUUUUAUGCCAGUUGGGCAAUCUAUUUGCUUUAGGUUGUGUCUGAACCUUUAGAAGACCCAGGUGUUAAACCCCAUGGCCAAGAUACAUAUAAAGUCCAGUACAUAUAAAGUGCCAGAUAUGUGACACGCUCAUGCCAAGUGUUAGGUUUAAGACAUUACAAGCCACUUAUUUGGAGCAGGAUCCUUGAUCAGGAAUAACUUCACUGUACACAUCAACAAUCCAGUACAUCUGCUGCAUUAUUCUUAAAUGGUUUCCGUAAAAUAAUAUUUGACUGCUAUUAUGUUGGUUCGACUUAAAUACUGUAAAGGCACCAGAUCCUGUCUGAUCUUGGAAACUAAGCAGGGUCAGCCCUAGUUAGUAUUAGAUGGGAGGCUGACAAUGAAUACCAAGUGCUGCAGGCUAUAUUUCACCUCUGAUGAUUCCUUGCCUAAGAAAACUGAAAUUCAUGGGAUCACCUUAAGUCAACAGGCAACUUGAAGGCACAAACACAUACCAAUGAUGUUGGUAGAAUAGACCCACUGACUAGGUUGCCGAAUGGUGAAUUAACACAUUGGUUAACCAAAUUGGUUCAAUGGCUCUACUCUUAUUGGGAUUAACAAUUGGAUUAAGACCACAGAUAUAUAUUGGAUUGUAUAGCAGUGUUCUAAUUCAUUCAGUUGUUUUUUUAAAGGCACUUGCCUCCAGAUAAAUUAGAUUAUCUUGCCCAUUCUUGUGUGUAUGAGGAAUACAUAGAAAAUUUCUGAUGAGAACAUAGGAAAAUUUAACUCUACCGGUGUUAAGAUAUUCCCAAGGUUGAUUCAUGCUAGGUGCAUUAACUUUAAAAAAGUUAUCCUACCUUAUUUCUCCAAGACAAAAACAUUUUUAUUAUUGCUAUCAAUAUUAAAUAUAGAUCUCAUUCAUACAGUGUAUGAGUAGGAUCAUUUAGUCAUUUGUCCACAUGGACCAAUUUUUUUUAAAAGCUAUUUUUUCUUGUGUUAUAUUCAGUUGAGAAAUGGGGGGGAAAUCUGUUCUUUUUCCAGUAUAUGUCAAACAUCUGAUGUGUUAAGCUUAGAUAUUUAGGUACUUGUAUACUAAGGUGGUGUUGUAGUAAAGUGACUUUUUUCUUGAUAUAUAUUUAUUAAAAUGAUAAAACAUCAUUUUGAUUUUAAAAUGUUAAA